AUAAAGAACUGGCUGAUAUUUACUUCUUCUUGAUAAGAUAUUUAGUUUAAUUGGAGUCUAGUCAGUCAAUGUUAAGUAUCUGUGAACAAUGGAUCAUUGUCAAAGAGAGAGGAGAAAACCUAAUCCUAGAGAGACAGCUAACAUCUUCUCUUUUUUAACUUUUGCAUAUGUUGGAGGAUUGUUUCGAAAAGCAGGUAAAGCUGACCUCACUGAGGAAGACAUUUUUGAAGUCAUCACAAACUGUAAGUCAAAAACUUGUGGUGAUUAUUUGGAACAAGAAUGGAUGAAUGAGAAAAAAUUGGAGAAACAUCCUUCGUUGGUCAGAGUACUAUGGAAUUGUUAUGGUUUGAAAUAUCUUCUGCUUGGCUUUAUUGAUUUUGUAGUUUGUACAUCAAGGAGUAUCAUGACACCUUACUUCAUAAGUCAUUUGGUUGGAUACUUCUCGCCAGGACAAACGACAUAUACUCGAGAAGAUGGAUACUUUUAUGGAUAUUCCUACCUGAUAUAUAUCUGUGUGGACACUGUUUAUAAUCAUCAGUAUUUGUUGUGGGUCCAAACGCUUGGAAUGGAAGUGAGGACUGCAUUUGCAUCUUUGCUAUACAGGAAAGCUCUGAGGUUAUCACCUGUCGCUGUAGCAGAAACCUCUUUGGGAAACAUCGUAACACUGAUAACAAGAGACGUACAGUCGUUUGUCGCAGUAAUUUUUACCAUCAAUGAUUUGUGGAUUGCUAUAACACAGACAGUUAUUAUAUGUUACAUGCUUUACUCUAAAAUUGGAAUUGCCUCGUUCGUGGGGAUUGGAAUUUUGUUAUCAUCUAUCCCUUUACAAGUACUUAUAACUACUUUCAUUGCAAAAUGUAGGUUGGCAGGAUGUAAAAAAACUGAUGAAAGGUUGCAGCUUACUCAAGAAAUUCUUACGACGAUAAAAAUAAUCAAAAUGUAUACUUGGGAAAACUUCUUUUCCAGAAAAGUUUCACAGGCCAGGAAAGUCGAAAUGAAAAAGCUUACAUUAGCAUUCUACCUCAAAAGAGUUCUAAUCCUUAACGGAAUAUUAUUUACAAACCUCGGUUUCUUCAUGGUUAUCUUGGCCACAAUUUGGACAGGUGUAUCAACCGACACAACAGUGAUUUUCUUCGUCCUGUCUAACUUCAGAUACCUUAGAGGAUGGUUGGGAGGAGCAGUUCCAUUUGGUUUAGGCUUAGGGAGCGAGUUCGUAGCAUCAUUUAAGAGAAUAUCUAAAGCACUAAAUGCUGAAGAAUUAAAUAAAGAUCAACACAGUGAGCAACUCAUAGAAAAACCGCGUGUAGAGCUCGAUGAAAUCUCAGUGCAACUCAAAGGAGAACCAGUUUUGGACAAUGUUUCCUUUACGAUAACUUCUGGUUUGACUAUGAUUACUGGUGCUGUGGGAUCUGGUAAGAGCUCCAUUUUAAAAGUUAUUCUGAAGGAUUUGCCGUUGACGAAAGGUUUCGUUGAAACACAGGGAAGGAUUUCCUAUGCUUCCCAAGACCCGUGGCUGUUUCCUUCAUCGAUUAGGCAGAAUAUUUUAUUUGGAGAACCAUACAAUGCACAACGGUAUCAAGAAGUAGUCAAGGCCUGUGCUCUUCUAUUUGAUUUUAACCUCUUUGAAAACGGAGACGAGACUAUAUUAACUGACAAUGGUCAAAACCUGAGCAAGGGUCAACAAGCCAGAAUAAACCUGGCAAGAGCAGUAUACAGAAACAGCGAUAUAUACCUUUUAGAUGACAGUUUGACCGCACUGGAUGCUUCAGUUCAAGAUCACAUUUUUCACGAAUGCAUCCAGAAAUUUUUAAAAGGAAAAAUAUGUGUUUUAGUGUGCCAAACAGCUUCUCAGAUAAAAGAAGCUGAUAACGUGAUCAUAAUGGAAAACGGCAGAAUUAAAGACAUGGGUAAACCUACUGCCAGAAUUAUUCAACAAAGUUAUAUGAUAGCAGAUCAGGAUGAUAGUAUAGAAAAAGAAGUCAUUCAUGAUUCCAACCAGCCAACUAUAGAAGAAUCGAGUGAAAAAACGGGACUUAUAGAAGCAGAACAAAGCACAGCAAGAACUAAAAUUUAUAAAGAACAGAAGAAGGAAGGUUCUGUUGAUUGGUACGUGUAUAAAAAGUUCAUGAUUUAUGGAGGAGGAGUAUUCUUGAUUCUUUUGAACAUAGUUAUGAGAGGGUUCACUCAAUUUACUACUACUUCAGCGGAUAGACUUUUAACAAAAUGGGUCGACAAAAAACAAGCAGUCAUGACUAUACAGAAUAGUAUUGCAAACAUCUCAACAGAACAAUUCAGCUACAUGAAUAUAACACUGGAGACUGCUCAAGCCGAGGAACAUACCACUUUUAGGUUCUAUUAUUUAUGUUUACUAGCCUCUUCAUCAUUGGAAUUACUUACGACAUGGCUACUUUUAAGUUUCUGCAAAACGGCUUCGAUCAAUAUCCACAAGGCCUUGGUGUAUCAGAUUAACAAUUCGGUUAUGCGAUUUUUCGAUACCCACUUGAUCGGAAAUAUCUUGACUAGGUUUUCCCAAGAUAUGAUGAAUAUUGAUGAAAGUAUUGCAUAUAACCUGGAUCAGUUUUGCAGGAUGCUGUUCAGUAUGGGUGGAAUAUUAACCCUGACGAUUUUCAUCAACCCUGCAUUUGCAGUAUGUGUCAUUGUUGUGACUAUCAUGUUGUUUUGGGUAAGGAGUUGUUAUUUGCCAGCAGGACGAAGUAUGAAGAGAUUGGAGGCAUCAUCUCGCAGUCCCAUGUUAGGCCAUCUGAACGCCACACUGGAAGGCUUAACUACCGUGAGAGCAUCCAAUGUUCAAUCUAUCCUCAUCGAGGAAUAUGACAGACAUCUAGAUUUAUACACGUCUGCCAAUUUUACUUGGUACAUGAGCUCGAGAGCUUUUGGAUUUUUCGUCGAUAUGCUCAGUAAUUUCUUCUUGAUUUUCAUCAUAAUGGAUUAUCUUUUCUUUAAAAGAGAUAUUACUGCUGGUGAUAUUGGUUUAUCUUUAACGCAGAUUUCGCAAUUAUCUAUAGUACUAACCUGGGGUAUUAGAGUGUUUACCGAAUUGGAAAACCACAUGACGUCACUUGAAAGAGUUAUAGAAUAUACAGAUAUCAAAACAGAAAAGAAGGACGGCACCACAGUUCAAAAUUGGCCCAGUACAGGAAGUAUUUCUUACCAAAACGUAUAUUUGGCAUACGGUGAUAGUGACAGCUUUGUGUUGAAAAACUUAAAUUUUGAAAUUAAACCUGGAGAAAAAAUUGGUGUGGUUGGUCGUACUGGAGCCGGGAAAUCGUCAAUUCUUGCUACUCUUUUUAGGUUGUACGAAGUCAAAGGCAAGAUAAUUAUCGAUGGAGUUGAUAUUAAGACACUGGCUUUGGACUAUUUGAGAAAAAAUAUUGUUGUGAUACCACAAGAUCCGAUUUUAUUUUCAGGAACUAUCAGAUCAAAUCUAGACCCUCUGAAUGAAUUUGAAGAUAAAGAUCUCUGGCAUACACUGGAAAGAGUUGGAAUUAAUACAUCUAUUGUCAGUUUAGAACAACCAAUUAAUAGCAGCAUCAUGAAUUUCAGUUCUGGGCAAAAGCAACUGCUCUGUUUAGCUAGAGCUAUCUUACGUAAGAAUAAGUUAGUAGUAAUGGAUGAGGCCACAGCGAACAUGGACCAUGAGACUGAUAGGAUGUUACACAAGAUUAUUAGUGAUAAUUUUGCUGAUUGUACGGUGUUAACGAUAGCACACAGAUUACAUUCUGUGUUAGUAUGUGAUAAAGUAAUGCUAUUAGAUAGAGGAGAAAUGAAAGAAUUUGAUCAACCCCAAGAAUUACUUAAGAAUAGGAAUGGAAUGUUUUACAAAAUGGUUAAGCAAGCAGGAUUACUAAAUUAUUUAGAUUCUAAAUAAAAUUUAUAUAUCUA